UUGCUGUUGUUAUCUGAUUUGGCAUGACUAGUAGAGUAAGUAACUGAUGAGGAGUGUUGCUGUUGUUAUUCUUGUUGUGGUUACCUGAUGAUGAGUAAUAGCAAAGUGUUGUUGAUGUUUUUGCCAUCAGAAAUGUCCUUGCUUUUGCCAUCUGAUGUUGAUGUCUGUGUGGUUGAUUUCUGUGGUGGUCACCCGUUGAUGGUGGUGUUGCUCAAGUCUGUUGAUGUUUUUGCCACUUCUACUCAUUGCCCCUUUGCCAAGAUAUAGUAGGAGCAAAUUGAGGCCAUUGCCAUUUAUAGUAGUAUUCCAAAUUGAGGCCCUGGCAAACACAUGUAGUAAUUAUUCUACUGUUUUGAAGUGCUUGUUUCCUAUUUAUGUCCAGUCUUGUUUAUGGUAACUUGUUGUUUAAUUACAAUGCUGCUUUUCAGAUAAGUGAGAUGGCUGGCUUGGAAGGUUUUGAGUUCUUCGAGAUCGUAAUUGAGAAAUCUUGCAGUAGGCAGAGGCUGCCUGACAAGUUUGUGAAGAUGCUCGCCGGCCGUGAGCCCCACAAAGUGAAGCUGCGGGAGGCCGGCAGCGGGCUUCGCAGGCUGUGGGACGUGUUGGUGGUGUUCGAUGGUGAAGACCACAUGUACCUAGGGCCCGGCUGGGAGCAGUUCGCCCGCGCCCAUGAGCUACAGCUCGGGCACUUCCUUGUCUUCCGCUACGACGGCGACGCCAUGUUCACCGUGAAGAUGUUCAACAACACCAUGUGCCGCAUGUACUACCAGCACGACGACGAUGCUAGCAAUGGGAGCAGCAGCGAGGAUGACGAGGAGCAGAGCGGGGAUGACGAGGAGCAGCCUAUUCUGGCUAACGAUGACCCUCCUAUGGUGGUGGCGGAUGACGACCUUGGUAUGGUGGUGGCUGACGACGACCCUGCUAUGGUGGUGGCGGACGAGGACCCUGCUAUGGUGGUGGCUGACGACGACCUCACGAUUGUGGUGCCUAAGGAUGACCUCGCAAUGGUGGUGCCUGACAAUGACCUCGUGAUGGUGGUGGCGCCUGCAAUCCCACAGCUUGGCGACAGGACCAUGCCAAUUGUGGUAGAGGAGUACAUCCGCGUUGGGAUUCGCCACUCUGAGCGCAUCAGGUUGAUGAAGGAGAAGAAGGAGGAGUGA